AUGGCGCUUGUGAUAUCGGACGAAGCCACACGGGAGGCCGAGAGAAUUCUUGCCUGCAGCAACAGCUUCGAGAUUCUCGAGCUGAAUCCUAGCAACUGCACAAAAGAGAUGGUGCUGAAGCAGUACGAGACGAAGGCGUCGCUCUUCAAAGGGCUGUUCCGAAACAAACUGGCAAUGCAGGCGAAAGCCAAACUUGGCAACGCCAAAGUGCGUCUUGCAGACACGCAACUGCGAGAGAAGGAGAUAGCAGCUCUCAAGGUGCUGCAGAUCGAUGCCCACAAAGACUAUGCUGAGCUGCAGGCGUUAGAGGUUCGCACGCGCGUCCUGGAGAUGCGGGCCGCCACCGUUCAAGGCGAGGUGGCGUAG